UUGAAGUCGCCAUGUCCUAAAUUUCAUAAUCACCCCCGGAAUCCACGAAUCUCCGUUUGCUCCCUUCCCUUUCCCCACUUCCCACUUGCUUCACUCCCUGAAAUCUCACUCGCUCCACGCUUCGCAGCUGUCCACAUUCGUCUCCCUCCCUCUCUUCGUAUCGGUCGCGGCUCGCGGGAGCUCCAAUGGGGUCGGUCUCGCUGAAGAUAGGCGACGGCACCGCCAGAUUCAAGCGGGCCACGAUCUGCUCCUCCGCCCUCAACAUCCUCAUGCUCCUCUCCGUCGUCGCCACCAACAUCUUCGCUCUCUACGCCUUCACGAACCCCAACCCCGGCUACCAGUCCCACCAUCUCCUCCAACACAAGAAUAUCUCCCUCAUCUCCGAGCAAGUCACCCUCAUCCUCCGCGAGAUCGCCUCCUCCCAGAAGAAGCUCGCCAAGAUGGAGAAGGAGCUCCUGGGCUACGAAAGCAUCGAUCUUUCGCGGCCCAACAUCGCGAGCGAGCUCAAGAUGUUCCUGCGGCCGCACUCGCUCCCUCUGGGCAAAGAUUCGAGGACCGGGAUCACCGAAAUGGUGGCAUCCGUCGGUCAUUCUUGUGAGAAAUCCGUCGACUUGUUGACCCAGUAUAUGAGCUACAAGGUCUCGGGGCCCUGUCCCGACGAUUGGAGUCUUGCCCAGAAGCUGAUUCUGCGGGGGUGCGAGCCUCUGCCUCGGAGAAGGUGCUUCGCUAAGUCUGUUCCCAAGGUGGGUCUUUACCCUUUCCCUGUCUCUCUUUGGAAGCCGAUUAGUGACAAGGUCGUGAGUUGGAGUGGCCUUGGUUGCAAGAGCUUUGAGUGCGUGAAUACUAAGAAGUCCUCUAGGGAAUGUGCUGGUUGUCUUGAUUUGGCUAGUGGGAAUGAGAAUCAGAAGUUUGUGAAGGCUAGAGGCAAGAAUGAUUUCGUCCUUGAUGACGUGUUGGCUUUGGGUGGUGGUGGAAUUAGGAUCGGGUUUGACAUUGGAGGUGGGUCGGGUACGUUUGCUGCGAGGAUGGCUGAGAAGAAUGUGACUGUGAUCACAAGCACGUUAAACAUCGAUGCGCCGUUUAACGAGUUCAUCGCGGCAAGGGGUCUUUUCCCUUUGUUCUUAAGCUUGGAUCACAGGUUCCCCUUCUAUGACAAUGUGUUUGACAUAAUUCGGGCAUCGAGUGGAUUGGAUGUCGUGGGGAAGCCGGAGAAGUUGGAGUUCUUGAUGUUUGAUGUAGACCGGAUCUUGAGGGCUGGAGGAUUGCUGUGGGUGGACAAUUUCUAUUGUGCCACCGAGGAGAAGAAGAAGACUGUGACCCGAUUGAUCGAGCGGUUCGGGUACAAGAAGCUAAAAUGGGUCGUGGGAGAGAAGGCGGAUCCAUCUGGGUCAGGCAAAUCAGAAGUAUACUUGUCUGCGGUUUUGCAGAAACCAUUGAGGGCAUAGCCCCCUAGGUGCUUUUACGAGUGUAUUGCAGGAGGUAAGAAGACAACUGCUAGCUAGCUUAAUUUAUUCACACACCAAUUUGUUGCCCUUGAUGUGGUAUUGGAAUCUGUUAAAACAUGGAAUAAUACGUGUCAAUUGUACCGGUGUACUGCUGCAAAUCAGUAGUGGACAUUGUAAUCGGUCCUGUAACAUACAUGUUGCUGUAUGUGAUUCUGUAUUU